AUGGACGAUACAGAGGCUCGUAUUCUUCAGCUUGUGCAUAAUUUGAAGGAAGUGGACCAUCGGGACGCUGCGUUGCUUGAGCUUUCGAAGAAGCGCGAGUCUGUAUCGAACCUCGCGCUCAUUCUCUGGCACACACCGGGUACUGUUGCCGUGCUUUUACAAGAAAUCAUCGCUAUUUACCCGCUACUUUCUCCACCGGCUCUCACUGGUCACGCUUCCAACCGAGUCUGCAAUGCUUUGGCGCUGCUCCAGUGCGUGGCGAGUCAUCCGGAGACUCGCGGCCCCUUUUUAGCCGCGCACUUGCCGCUGUACUUGUACCCGUUUCUGAACACCGUCUCGAAGACGCGGCCUUUUGAAUAUCUGCGUCUUACUUCUCUGGGCGUUAUAGGUGCGCUUGCCAAGGUCGACGACCCAGAAGUGACUUCGUUCCUGCUCUCCACGGAGAUUAUCCCGCUGUGCCUGCGAAUCAUGGAGACCGGCUCAGAGCUCAGCAAAACAGUUGCUACCUUCAUCGUCCAAAAAAUACUGUUAGAUGAUAGUGGGCUGAAUUAUGUCUGUCAGACGGCGGAGAGAUUUUAUGCAGUGAGCACGGUACUUGCGAACAUGGUCAAUAGCCUCAUCGAGCAACCAUCCGGCCGUCUUUUGAAGCAUAUUAUCCGGUGUUAUUUGCGGCUGAGCGAUAAUCCUCGGGCGAGGGAAGCCUUGCGCCAGUGUCUCCCGCAGAGCCUCCGCGACACUACAUUUGCGCAGCUGCUGAACGAGGAUCAGAGCACUCGACGAUGGCUCGCUUCUCUGAUCUACGCACUGGGUGGAGACGCAGCGCUUGUGUAG